AUGGCCUAUAGGGCGAAAAACAUAGCAACAGAGCAAAUUGAUGGCUCUUUCAAAGAACAGUACAAAAGGUUGUAUGAUUAUGCCCAUGAGUUGCUGGACAAAAACCCAGGGUCAACAGUGAAGGCCAAUUAUUGGUUUAGAUGGAGCAUUUUUGAAAGGUAUGGUGGGGAGUUGUUAACAGCUGUGGGCCGAGAUGGAAAUGAGGAGAUGUUGCCAAUUGCAUACUGUGUAGUUGAAGUUGAGAACAAGGAAUCAUGGAGGUGGUUCUUGGAACUAUUGAUAGAUGACCUUAGAGGGGCUAAAAUUUGUUCUUCAUUUACCUUCAUAUCGGACCAGCAAAAGGGUCUACUUCAUGCAAUAGAUGAAUUGCUUCCUAGAGUUGACCAAAGGUUUUGUGUGAGGCAUAUGUAUGCCAAUUUCAGGAAGAAAUAUCCUGGGAAAAACCUCAAGCGUUUGAUGUGGAGGGCAACCACAGCCACACACCCACAAACCUGGGAGAUGGAAAUGAGAAACAUUAGAGCACUGAAUGAAGAUGCUUAUAAGCAUUUGAUUGUCAUCCCUCCAAGGCAUUGGUCAAGAUCAAGGUUCCUUGAAAGAGCUAAAUGUGACACCUUAGUAAAUAAUAUGAGUGAGGGAUUCAACAGUGUCCUCCUUUCUACCAGGAGUAAACCUAUAAUCACUUUGUUGGAGGAGAUAAGAUUUUACCUCAUGCAAAGAUGGGCCAAGAAGAGGUCAAGCAUAUCAUCAUUCACUGGACCCAUUUGUCCCAAGAUCCUAUCCAGAUUUAGAAAGGAAUCUCAUUUAACAAAAAAUUGGAUUCCAAGUUGGUCAGGCAAUAAGCUAUUUGAAGUUCGUCACAUGUCUAACAAUGGAGAAAAGUUCGUAGUGAACAUAGAUGACUCAACUUGCACAUGCAGAACUUGGAUGCUGACUGGAAUCCCCUGCUGUCAUUCAUUGGCUGCAAUGAAGUUCCUCAACAUUGAUGGAGAACAAUAUAUUGACUCUUGCUACAUGAAGUCCACAUAUUUGGAGACAUAUUCUUCUAUUAUAUAUCCCAUAAAUGGAGCGAAUAUGUGGAACAUUACUUCAUAUCCUGAUGUGUCUCCUCCACACAAAAGAAUAUUGUCUGGAAGACCAAAGAGAAAACGCAGACUAGAGCAAUGGGAAAUGAGGAAGGAUGAAUCAAGAAUGAAAAAAUAUGGCUUGCGCAAACGAUGUGGCAUAUGUAGACAAGAAGGUCAUAACAGAAGUCGUUGCCCAUCAGCAACCCAAGCAGGACCUGUGCAUCAGACCCAGCCUCAAGCCUCAGCAACUCCAUCCACUCAACAAUCUGAAAUAGCACAUCAGACUCAGCCUCAAGCCUCAGCUGGUCCAUCCACUCAAGCCUCGGCUGGUCCAUCCACUCAAGCCUAG